GGUAACAUCCAGCAUUGCAGAUCAGAUACUCCAAAGACUUAGACUGAGACUCUGACGCCAACAUGUUGUUGUUCCUCUGCUUGUUUGUUCUCACUCUGGGUGCUGUGUCUCCAUCAGAUGUCCAUCCACUGAAGCUACAGCGCGGCAACUGUCCCAUGUUCUGGUGGAGCUUCAACGGCCGCUGCUACAAGUACAUCGCAACACGUAUGACCUGGAUUGAUGCAGAACUCCACUGUGUGUCACAGGGAGCCAACUUGGCGGCUAUCCACAGUGUGGAAGAACAUAAAUUUGUCAAUUCCCUGAUCAAGAACUUUGACCCUGCACAAGGAUUUAGCUGGAUUGGAAUCAACGACAUUCAGAAAGAAGGAGGAUGGAUGUGGUCUGAUGGGUCUGCAGUUGACUUUGUCUUUUGGAAUGCAGCACAACCAGACAACGAUGAAGGAGAUGAACACUGUGGACACACAAACUCUGGCCCAAAUUUUAAAUGGAACGAUUAUCCGUGUUCUUUGCUGUUUACUUCUGUUUGUGAAACUCGCUUAGUUUGUCCUUAGCAA